CCUGCUGACCAGAGCAGUGCUUACACAGCUGCAGAGGAGCUGUCUGUCUGACAGUGACAGUGGAGUUACAGCACACUCCCAGCAGUAACACUAUUGAGGACUGAGAGGGGACAGACACAGAGGCUGGGAUGGAAGACUCUGGGCCUACACUGGCAUCUGGGCCCACUUCUAAUUCUAAUCCACCUAUAAUGGAGGAGUCUAGUGCCAAACUGUUCUUCUGCCGCUGGGUAAGACACAGAAUCCCCCUGGCACACAGAGAGGAGUUCUACCACAUUCUCCGGAUGACUGGACCCUUGCUGCUAUCUCGAAUCCUAAACUACCUGCUUCCAUUUGUCAUCACUAUGUUCUGUGGUCGCCUGGGGAAUGAGGUGUUAGCUGGCUAUGGCCUGGCCUGCGCGACUAUUAAUGUUACGACUGCAGCAACAGGAGGUGGACUUGCCUUAGCAUGUGACACUUUGGUAUCUCAGACAUUUGGUGGUAAGAACCUGCAGCGUGUGGGGGUGAUUCUCCAGAGGAGUGUGUUGAUCCUACUGCUCUUCUGUCUGCCCUGCUGGGCCAUGCUCCUCAACACCCAGUCUAUCCUGCUGGCUCUGGGCCAGGAGCCUGAAGUGGCCAGGAUAGCACAGCUGUAUGCCAUCGCCUACCUACCUGCAGUGCCAGCUAUUUUCCUGCAUCAACUUCAGGCGUCUUAUCUCCAAAACCAGGGGAUAAUACUGCCUCAGAUGUACACAGCAGCAGCAGCCAACAUCGCCAACGUGGUGACAAACUAUAUCCUGCUCUACUGGAUGGACCUGGGAGUUAUAGGGUCGGCAGCAGCUAAUACGCUUUCCCAACUCUACAUAUGUUCUUUCUUGUUUGCUUACAUUUUCUGGAAGAAGCUAUAUGUGAAAACAUGGGGAGGCUGGACUACAGAAGCGCUGCAGGAGUGGGGCUCUUAUAUGAAACUAGCCAUCCCCAGUACACUGAUGCUGUGUUUCGAAUGGUGGAUCUAUGAGCUUGGGGGGUUCCUUGCAGGCAUGCUGAGUGAAGUGGACCUGGCUGCUCAACACGUGGUCAUAAUGCUGGCUUUCAUCAACUACAUGUUCCCCCUGGGGAUCCAAGCUGCAGCAUGUGUUCGUGUGGGGAACGCCCUGGGGGCCGGGGAUACAGCCGGGGCCAUCCUCACCAGCAAGGUGUCCCUCGCCCUCUCAGGUUCAAUGGCAGUAAUUCAGGGAAUCAUGCUGAUCUCUACUAAAACAGUAAUCGGCUUCAUGUUUACUUCUGAUGAGCAGAUCAUAGAUCUGGUCUCUCAACUUCUCAGUGUGUACUGUGUUCUUCAGUUCUUUGAUGGGCUAGUGUGUGUGUGUAUGGGAAUCAUCCUGGGCACAGGCCAACAGAAGAUAGCAGCGAUGGCUAAUCUCAUCACCUACUACUGCGUGGGCCUUCCACUGGGCAUCUCUUUGAUGUUUGCAGCUGGCCUCAGGGUUGUAGGGUUCUGGUUAGGCCUGUUAAUCUGUGUAAUUAUACAGUCCAGCUUCUUCAUCACUGUCAUAUUCAGGCUCGACUGGAAGAAAAUGACAGAGAAGGCUGUGAAACGAGCUGGAAAGGCUGGACAUAUGGUGUCAAUGAGGAGUAUAGUUGCACCUGACCACACAGAGAACAAUGGGAGGAUUGUGAAUGGAUACAUGUCAGUGAGUGCUGAGGGCCAGGGGGACCUCAGGGGAAGCAAUUGGACCCCAGAGGUGCAGAAGGAGGAUGGGAGCCCCAGAGCCCUGCUCUCCACCACCCAGCUGGUCCUGAGGAGAGGUCUCACUGUACUGACUGCCAUUGUAAUCCUAGCUGUGGGGACCAGUGUCCAUCUUCUACUGCCUCUACCAAUCAGCACAUGGAGCAAUCUGAGUGUAGACUGGAGCAACACGACCUACCCCCCUGAACUCACCCCGUCAACAGUUCUCAUCUAGGAGUAAUACCUGGGCGACCCAGAACAGACCCUGUAGCAAGACAAUUAAGUCAUAGUGUGCUGUGUCACUGAAUCUGUUAUUACACCAAUUAUUAAAUGUGAAUCAGCUUUUUCCUGCAAUCUAGAGCUAUAAUCAUUGUAUAUUUUUCUGAAUAGGUUAUCUAUGCAUACCUCUUUACUUGUUCAAUUGUCAUUUUAAUUAAUGAUGCAAAUUGAUUCUUUAAGAAAUGUUAUGCCUUCAGUACAUUUAGUAAUUGCUUGUUUUUCUAAAGUGUAGCAACCUUGGCAGCAAGCAAGCCCAGCUAAGAUAAGACAAGCUACUCUAACUUGAUUGAUAGCCUGACAUGGUGUUAGCUACACUCUUCGGCUGUCCCCAUAGGAGAACCCAAGAGGGUUCUACAUGGAACCAAAAGGAGUUCUGCCCCACAAAAAAAAGUGUUAUCCUAUGGGGACAACCUCAGAACCCUUUUGUAAUCCUUUUUUCUAAAAGUGUAGGUAUGAAGUUGGGAACCUAUCUAGCUGGUUAGCUAAAGCCCAUUUCAAAAACUUGCUAGGUGGCUAGUAUUACAGAGAAACAAAGCAUUUUAAUUUGAUAUAUUCAUCAAGAAGGAAUCAAUAGGCUACACAGCUUGAUUAACAUUUUUUACAUUUAGCAGACGCUCUUAUCCAGAGCGACUUACAAAUUGGUGCAUUCACCUUAUGAUAUCCAGUGGAACAACCACUUUACAAUAGUGCAUCUAAAUAUUUUAAGGGGGGGGGUUAGAAGGAUUACUUUAUCCUAUCCCAGGUAUUCCUUAAAGAGGUGGGGUUUCAGGUGUCUCCGGAAGGUGGUGAUUGACUCCGCUGUCCUGGCGUCGUGAGGGAGCUUGUUCCACCAUUGGGGUGCCAGAGCAGCGAACAGUUUUGACUGGGCUGAGCGGGAACUGUGCUUCCUCAGAGGUAGGGAGGCGAGCAGGCCAGAGGAGGAUAAACGCAGUGCCCUUGUUUGGGUGUAGGGCCUGAUCAGAGCCUGAAGGUACGGAGGUGCCGUUCCCCUCACAGCUCCGUAGGCAAGCACCAUGGUCUUGUAGCGGAUGCGAGCUUCAACUGGAAGCCAGUGGAGAGAGCGGAGGAGCGGGGUGACGUUGAUCAAAUUAAUUUACAAAUAUACCCUUCUGCACAUCACCGGCAGCUAAAAUAAAACGCUGUGUGUCACUCUACUCUCCCUCUCCUCCACUGCAUGCAGUAGAGUUUCUAGCUUCCUGCCUAGGCAUCUCUUUGCACCUUGGAGGGAACCACUUACUAGGAAGAAUAAAGGGGGGUGUACUCUUUGCCUGGUCCAGUCAGUGUGCUCCUCCAUAAAAUACCACUGACAGAACUUAUAAAUUAUGGUAAAAUGUGGGCUUAAAAAUGAAGUUCAGAAGUAAAAAUCAGACAAAUCUGAGGGGGCACGUGCCCCCUAUGGACAUGACGCCACUGGUUUUGGAAUGAAUUAAUAGAAUGCAAUACAAAAAUUUGGGAUGGUA